AUGUUUUUGAAGCCUCCAGAUGGCACCAAAUGGGAAGUGAAUUGGACUAGAAAAAAUGAAGAUGAGGUUUGGUUCGAAAAGGGUUGGAACAAAUUCACUCAAAACUACUCCUUAGAUGAUGGCCACUUGAUUCUUUUCACCUAUCAUGGAAAUUCACAACUUGAUGUUCACAUCUUUGACAAAUCUGCCUCUGAAAUACUCUAUCCGGGGUUAAACACUACUCCUACUACUGCUUGUGAUGAUGAAAAGAACAUCAAACUUGAUCUCAUGCACAAUGAUGAUGAUGAUGAUGACUCAAUUGAGAUUUUGAAGCCUUGUAAACACAAACGCAGCAUGCUAGUGUUGGUUCCUCAACCUUAUAAGAAGAAGGUUGCUGAAAGAAGAUCAAGUUGUUCAUCAUUGAAUUGGCCAAAGCAAGAAAGAGCACAGGAAGUAGCUAUGAACUUCGUGUCUGAUAAUCCUUUCUUCACAAUGUUCAUAACCCAUUAA